ACCGCUCCUUCUCUGUCAACGGCUUGGAUUGAGUCCCUCCCUAAAACCCUCGCCGCCGCCUGGUUCCGCGCCGGCACGCCGCUCCUCCCCCGCUCCCGUUGCCGCCGGCGCCAAGACGAGACGAUCCAGCCGAUGGCUCUGGCCCGCCUCGGGCACGCCCUGACCCGCCGCUUCCGCCACCCGCUCCUCCUCCAUCCUCCUCCGCCGUCGCCUACAGUUCACCAUGCCGCGGUUGCCCACUCGUUUGCGCUGAUCCCCGCAAGUACAUGUGCGAGAGGUUUUGCAAGCUCAUCGUACAAUGUCGGCGGCGUGAUUAGUUGUUACCAGGGACGGUCGCCUGUCUAUACUGUGAAGGUUUUGGAGCUAUUGUUCCAAACCAACCAUACAAGAUCAAUGUCGACAGCAGCACAGGCAGAGCCACCGUCAUCAUCGAAGCCACCAGCAGUGUCGCAAACAUCAUCAAAGGUGCCAGUUGGUGCCCGGAAGGUUGGUUUGAAGGUUGUCAUGAUGAGCCCUGGUUUUAUAUAUGAGCCAUACAGCAUUAGGGAACCAAUCUCCUUCUGGAAAAGAUGGUUUACUCCAAGUGGCUGGAGAAGAACAAAGGAAGACGUUAUUCUGGAGAUGAAGAGUGCAUAUGCUGUAUCAAGAUUGAGAAAGAAAACAGGCUAUACCAAAAAACAAUUCUAUGAUCAAGCAUUCAAGAUAUACAAGGAGGUUAACACGCUGAUGGCACGUGGAGACAUAUCAACUCUUCGUAAAAUGAUGACAGAGAGAAUGCAUUCGAUUAUAAAAAAUGAACUAAAGAAAAGACAAUCCAUGUGGAGUUCUGUUAGCUGGGAAUUGGUGGAGCCUGCUGUGAGCAUAAGAACUUUGAGGGCACGCAUGAUUGGACUCGAUAAAAAUGAUCUUGAUAAAGCUUUCGUACAGCUUACACUUGAAUUCGUCACUAAGCAGAAAUUUGAAGCCUAUAAUUCAAAAGGUGAGGUUGUGUCUGGAAAUAAUUCAAAAGAGGUACUUGUGAAAGAUAUAUGGGUAUUUGAAAGAUCCCUUUUUCACUCGGGAGCAUACUGGCGUGUAUGUGGAAGAAUUACAUUAUAAUAGUCUCUUUGCAAGCACACACACUGAGCAGAACAGUGACUUUUGUUAUGCACAGUGGUUCCAAUAAUUCUUUUGUCCCUACCAUCAUGUAAACCACUGCCUAACGAUGUCUAACAAGACUCCAGGCACGCAUAGACAAUAAUGGCAUUUUUCUUUGUUCGCUUCAUGGGAAAGUGUGUUUAUCGGCAUAGAAGAUAGAUGCUCCUUUCUCUACACUUCUGUUAAGGAGGUAGUUUAGGCAUGUUUCCCUAAAGAAAGGCUAUUUUUUUCACUGUCACCAGAUUGAUGUCCUACAACAGUAUUCAUACCUGAUACACGAUCA